AUGGAUAACGACUUUGACGUGAUCAUCAUUGGUGCGGGUAUCUCUGGGAUCAACGCCGCAUACCGAAUCAAAUCCCAAUUCCCCUCCCUUCGCUAUGUAAUUCUGGAAGCCCGUGAGAAUCUAGGUGGCACCUGGGAUUUCUUUAAAUACCCCGGAAUUCGAUCCGACUCGGAUCUUUUUACCUUCGGCUUCGACUGGUAUCCUUGGUCCCAAAAUAACCCUAUUGCCGAUGGCUCAGCUAUUGUCAAUUACAUGGAGGAUGCAGCCACGGAGCACCACAUCAAAGAAAAGAUCUUGUUCCAGCACCGUAUUCUCGGUGCAGAUUGGUCAUCAGUCGACAAGACCUGGUCACUGAGCGUUGAGCGAAAUGACAAGCCUAACGCAAUGUCUUUCUCGGCGCGAUUCCUGGUCUUCGGAACGGGAUACUACAACUAUGAGAGACCUCUCCAAACCAAUAUUCCAGGCAUAGACCAGUUUGAAGGCCAAAUUAUUCACCCCCAAUUCUGGCCCGAAGAUCUAGACUAUAGCGAAAAGAAGAUCGUCAUAAUCGGGAGCGGUGCAACAGCAAUCACGCUCCUCCCUAAACUGGCCGAAAAAGCAGACGUGACCAUGCUGCAGCGCAGCCCCUCAUACAUCGUCUCUGUACGAAAUAAGACCGGCUCUUGGCUCACAUCUUUUCUACCAACAUCAAUUCAAAACAAGAUCAAGCGCUUUCGGUACCUAUAUAUGGGUCGUUUAUUCUACCUCUUCAGCCAAUCAUUCCCCAAUGCCACAAAGCGGAUGCUACAGCGUGGUGUCGCUCGCCAACUUCCAAAUCACAUCCCUGUCGACCCGCACUUCAGUCCGAGCUAUAAUCCCUGGGACCAGCGCCUAUGCGUCUCACCAGACGGCGACUUUUUCAAAAGCUUCCACACUGGCCGCGCGCAUGUGAAAACAGAUACGAUCAAAGAAGUAACAUCUACAGGCAUCACAUUGCAUUCUGGCGACAUCCUCGACACAGAUAUGAUCGUCACAGCAACAGGCCUCAACGUCCAGUUUGGAGGAAAUAUCUCCCUCUCGGUGGAUGGAAUCCCGUGUUCUCUUCCUGAGAAAUACACAUGGCGGGGGAUGAUGUUCCAAGAUCUGCCCAACGCGGUAUUCCUCUUCGGGUACGCAAAUGCAUCUUGGACGCUUGGUGCAGAUGCGACCUCAGUUUUCGUCUGUCGGUUAUUGAAGGAGAUGGAUGAUCGAUCCGCUAUUGCUGCUGUUCCAUGGUUGGAUCCUGUCGAAGCUAGAAGCAUGCAGCCGCGGCGAUUCAUGAGCUUGAACUCAACUUAUGUGCUCAAAGCGCAGGGGCAUUUGCCUAAGGCUAGUAAUCAGGAUAUCUGGGGGCCCGCCUAUAAUUAUUUCGAUGGGAUGAGGUUUGCGAAGAAGGGUAGUUUGGAGGGAUUGGCGUUUUUGGGCGAGAAGGAUUGA